AUGCGCAGAGCACUCGAGGACCAGACAGACUACUGGCGAACUCUUGAUGAGGGCUCAUGGACCCCAUUGUCAUUUGCCCCACGACGCCAUCUUGCAGGUGGAAAGGCGUAUACAGUGCUGUACGUCUACGUUGAAAACCAUGCCAUCAGCCUGUACAGAUUCUUCGAUCUUUUCCCUGCCAAAGUUGAUAUUGGCCUCGAAGAUGACCAGAAAUGGAAAGUCAUCAUUACCAAAGAUGAUGUAGGGACUGGUGUUCCCAUUUCGUACAUUACUCUGAGUUACCGGUGGGGUUCCCACCAAACCACCCGUCUCUCUUCGUCGAAUCUACCCUCUUUCCGAGCCGGGAAACCCGUCGCACUCUUACCUCUAACAUUCCGAGAUCUCUUUGUUGUAGCUCGUCACGUUGGUAUACAGUAUCUUUGGGUCGACUGUUUGUGUAUCAUGCAAGACUCGGUCGCUGAUUGGGAUGCUGAGGCUGGGACCAUGCGAAAUAUCUACGCAAAAGCAUUCUGCAACGUUGCGGCCACUGCUUCCAAUGAUCCCGACGGCGGUCUUUUCCGACAGCGAGACGCCGAUGCAAUCCGCCCUGGAAUCGUCGAAUCUACCUUGACGACCGGAUCUCUCGAAAGGAAUUUGAUCUUUACUUCCAAUUACUGGUACAAUCGUCUUUACCGCGGUACGCUCCACCAUCGGGGCUGGGUAUUCCAAGAAUGCUUCCUGGCGCCACGGUUGCUGUACUUCACACAAGACCAGAUCAUGUGGGAGUGCAGACAGACUCACAGAUGCGAGGGGUUUGUCGAUGGAGUGCCGGGCCAUGAGCCACCAUCAAUUGACCAUAGUCAAAACACAGAGAGAACCUUGCGCGAAUGGACGCACCUGGUUAUGCAGUACUCCGAAUGUCAUUUCACGCGACCUGAGGACCGCCUCAACGCAUUCUCCGGGGUCGCAAACCUAUUUCAAGAAGCCACUGGAUAUCGGUACUUGGCCGAACCUGGGCCAAGAUUGUCGACGAAAUACCGCGCCCCAUCGUGGUCCUGGGCAUCCAUUGAUGGACCCGUGUACAUCCGGGGCCCGAAUGCGAAGAAAGUCAUAGACUUCUUUGUUCAAGUCGAGGACGUCGGUGUGAUCACCAAAGAUGUCGACCCAACUCUCAAUGUGGUCGAAGGAUUUCUCACGCUGCAUGGCCCUUUUGUUGGAAAAUGGAUGUUCUCCACAGAAGAUGCAUGCACGUUGGUUGCCGGACACAGCGGAUGA